GUCGCCUCCAUUUUGUGGAUAAGCAGUUCAACAUUUCUGCAAUGAAGCAUCUUGAAAAUACAACUGGUAGCCUAACAGAGCAAGAUCAGCUGGUUGUCUUCCUAUCUGAAUAUGGAUUUAAUGUCUGUGACUGAAGCCGUCUAACAGAGAGGACCUGAGCAUCAGAACAACAAACCCCUGAAGCACUCAUAAAGCACAGAUGGAGGGCACCAGCUCUAACAGCAGGCCUCCCUCCCCUACACCCACCCAUGUGUCCAUGAAGAGUGAUUGGUCCAUGGGGAAAGGAAUCAACUUUACAGGAGGAGACUCUUCAACUGGACAGAUGGAGGGCACCAGCUCUAACAGGAGGCCUCCCUCCCCUACACCCACCCAUGUGUCCAUGAAGAGUGAUUGGUCCAUGGGGAAAGGAAUCAACUUUACAGGAGGAGACUCUUCAACUGGACACCAUAGGCAGCAGAAGAGACCACACUCUCCUGUACCCAGCUGUGUGUCCAUGAAGAGUGACAAGUCCAUGGAUCUACCAGGGCAGUUUGCAGGAGGAGGUGUUCCUGCUGGUCAGAGCCUUAAGAAGAAGAAGAGGAGGUCCCACCCACCUUCAGUCAGUGAUCAUUGGUCCAAAGAUUUGCCAAUCAACCCUAAAGGAGAAGAGUCACCUAUUGGAGUAUAUAAACAGAUCCACAAAUCCCACCUGCAGAAGAAGUUUCAGUGUCUGAUUGAGGGAAUCCCACAGCAGGGAGACACCAGACUCCUCCAUGAGAUCUACACAGACCUCUACAUCACAGAGGGGGGAAGAGGAGAGGUCAAUGAUGAACAUGAGGUCAGACAGAUAGAGAGGGCAUCCUGGAGAGAAGCAGCACAAGGCAGACCAAUCAAAUGCAGUGAUAUCUUUACACCGGAAGAGGAAAGACGCAGAAAAGAACGCUUCCUGGAAGAGGAAAGACGCAGAAAAGAUGAGGCAGAAAAGAAGGGCAGAACCUUUAACCCCAAACAAUACAAACCCCUCAGAACAGUGCUGACAAAGGGAGUGGCUGGCAUUGGAAAAACCGUCUCUGUGCAGAAAUUCAUUCUAGACUGGGUUGAAGGAACAGCUAAUCAGGAUAUCCACUUCAUAUUUCCUCUUCCUUUCCGGGAGCUGAACCUGAUGAAGGAAAAUAAACUCAGUCUGGUGGGUCUUAUUCAGCACUUUUUCCCAGAAAUCAAAGAUACCAGAGUCUUCACCAUUUCAGAGUACAGAGUCAUGUUCAUCUUUGAUGGUCUGGAUGAGUGUCGACUUCCUCUACAUUUCCGCUCCAACCCGACCUGUUGUGAUGUGACAGCACCAGCCUCAGUGGACGUGCUGCUGACAAACCUCAUCAAGGGGGAUCUGCUUCCUUCUGCUCUCCUCUGGAUCACCACCCGACCAGCAGCAGCCAAUCAGAUGCCUCGUAUGUGUGUGGACCAGGUGACAGAAAUAAGGGGAUUCAAUGACACACAGAAAGAGGAGUACUUCAGGAAGAGAAUCAGUGAUGAGAACCUGGUCAGCAGAACCAUCACACACCUGAAGUCAUCCAGGAGCCUCUUUAUCAUGUGCCACAUUCCAGUCUUCUGCUGGAUUUCAGCCACUGUUGUAGAGAAAACAUCAAAAGAAUCAGACAAAGUAGAAAUGCCAAGGACUCUGACUCAAAUGUACACACACUUCCUGAUGAUGCAGACAGGCAUAAAACAUGUCAAGUACACAGAGAGAAAAGAGGCAAAUGAAGAGGUGAUUUUCAAACUCGGUAAACUGGCUUUCCAGCAGCUGGAGAAAGGCAAUCUGAUCUUCUAUGAGGAAGACCUGAGAGAGUGUGGCAUUGACAUCACAGAAGCAUCAGUGUACUCAGGAGUGUGUACUCAGAUCUUCAGAGAGGAGACUGGGCUGUACCAGGGGAAGGUGUUCAGCUUUGUGCAUCUGAGCAUCCAGGAGUUUCUCGCAGCUCUCUAUGUGUUCCUCUGUUUCAGCAACAGGCAGAGAAACAUGGCUGACCAACAACAAACCUCUCAGCUCUCUGCUCUGUUCAGCCCUGCAACUCUUUAUGACCUACACAAGACUGCAGUGGACCUGGCCUUACAGAGUAAGAAUGGACAUCUGGACCUUUUCCUCCGCUUCCUUCUGGGCCUCUCACUGGAGUCCAAUCAGAAUCUCUUAAAGGACCUUCUCCCACAGAGUAGCAGCCAAUCAGAUAGCUCUGAGCAAACUGUCCAGUAUGUCAAACAGAAGAUCAGAGAUCAGAGUAGCUCAGACAGAAGGAUCAACCUGUUCUACUGUCUGAAUGAGCUGAAUCACCAUGCUGUAGUGGAACACAAGAUGAGCUCAGUAGAUCUGCAUGUAGAGACGCUCUUACCAGGACAGUGGGAGACUAAGAUGUGGAAGACAUUUCAGAUGUCAGAGGAGCAGCUGGCUGAGUUUGACCUGCAGAAGUACAUAAAGACACCAGAGGAAGAUCAGACUGAACUCCUCAGUCCAGAGGUAGUUCUUCAAAAGGUGUUGCCAGGAGUCACAUCAGCUCUGCUGGAGAGGUGUCAUCUGACUGAGAAGAGCUGUUCCUAUCUGGCCUCUGCCCUGACCACACACUCCUCAAGUCUCAGACUGCUGAACCUGAGUAACAAUAAGCUGCUGGACUCAGGAGUGGAACUUUUAUGUUGUGCACUUUGUCAUCAAAACUGCAAACUGGAGGAACUCAAGCUGGAGAAGUGUAAUCUGACUGAGAAGAGCUGUUCCUAUCUGGCCUCUGCCCUGACCACACACUCCUCAAGUCUCAGACUGCUGCACCUGGGUGGGAAUGAGCUGCUGGACUCAGGAGUGGAACUUUUAUGUUCUGCACUUUGUCAUCAAAACUGCAAACUGGAGGAACUGUACCUAUGGGGCUGUAGGCUGACUGAGAAGAGCUGUUCCUAUCUGGCCUCUGCCCUGACCACACACUCCUCAAGUCUCAGACUGCUGGACCUGUAUGGCAAUAAGCUGCUGGACUCAGGAGUGGAACUUUUAUGUUCUGCACUUUGUCAUCAAAACUGCAAACUGGAGGAACUACAGCUGAAUAGCUGUGAUCUGACUGAGAAGAGCUGUUCCUAUCUGGCCUCUGCCCUGACUGCACACUCCUCAAGUCUCAGACUGCUGAACCUGAGUCAGAAUAAACUGCUGGACUCAGGAGUGGAACUUUUAUGUUCUGCACUUUGUCAUCAAAACUGCAAACUGGAGGAGCUGAAGCUGGAUUGGUGUAAUCUGACUGAGAAGAGCUGUUCCUAUCUGGCCUCUGCCCUGACCGCACACUCCUCAAGUCUCAGACUGCUGAACCUGAGUCAGAAUAAACUGCUGGACUCAGGAGUGGAACUUUUAUGUUCUGCACUUUGUCAUCAAAACUGCAAACUGGAGGAGCUGAAGCUGGACGAGUGUAAUCUGACUGAAAAGAGCUGUUCCUAUCUGGCCUCUGCCCUGACCGCACACUCCUCAAGUCUCAGACUGCUGAUACUGAGUAGGAAUAAGCUGCUGGACUCAGGAGUGGAAGUUUUAUGUUCUGCACUUUGUCAUCAAAACUGCAAACUGGAGGAACUAAACCUAUGGAGCUGUAAGCUGACUGAGAAGAGCUGUUCCUAUCUGGCCUCUGCUCUGAUCUCACACUCCUCAAGUCUCAGACUGCUGGACCUGACUGACAAUGAGCUGCUGGACUCAGGAGUGGAACUUUUAUGUUCUGCACUUUGUCACCAAAACUGCAAACUUGAGGAACUAACCCUAUGGGGCUGUUGUCUGACUGAGAAGAGCUGUUCCUAUCUGGCCUCUGCCCUGACCACACACUCUUCAAGUCUCAGACUGCUGGACCUGACUAACAAUAAGCUGCUGGACUCAGGAAUGGAACUUUUAUGUUCUGCACUUUGUCACCAAAACUGCAAACUGGAGGAACUAACGUUGAGGUACUGUAAUCUGACUGAUAAGAGCUGUUCCUAUCUGGCCUCUGCCCUGACCACACACUCCUCAAGUCUCAGAGUGCUGGACCUGAGCUAUAAUCUGACUGAACCAGCUGUAGAGCAGCUCUCUGCUCUAGUGAAGGACCCACACUGUAAACUGCAGAAACUAAUAACUGAAUGGGGAACAGUAGAGUGUUGAGCCACGGCCCUGAACUGGAUGGGGUCUGUGGUGCAGAAGCUCAUGACAUCUGAGUGGGAUCCAGCGUGCGCGUGCGCACACACACACACUCUCUAACACACUCACACCCAUGCUCACACACACACUUGUCAAAUACGAAACCAUGUGUGGACUGAGGUGGACCUUGUAUUAACAUCUGUCACCAUCUAUUGUGAAAUAUGUUUUUUUUUUUUUAGGAUUUGUAUUGCUAUAGAUUUUUAACCAUAAUGAUGCUAUUGUCGAAAUUGAUCAAUCAAAAUCUCCCGUGUGUGUGUGUGUGACCCGUGAUAGAGGAACUCAGCCUGUGUUCACUUUUAAUUGUACAGACUUUGUCUAUUCCAAAUAAAGAUGAAUUUUGAGUCACA